AUGGGUGCCAAGAACAACGUGACUGAGUUUGUUUUAUUUGGCCUUUUCCAGAGCAGGGAGAUGCAGCAUGCGUGCUUCGUGGUAUUCUCCCUCUUUCAUAUGCUCACUGUUCUGGGGAACCUUCUGGUCAUCAUGACCAUCAAUGCCAGCAAGACCCUGAGUUCUCCCAUGUAUCUCUUUCUCAGCCACCUGUCUUUUGCUGACAUGUGUUAUCCCUCUGCUACCACGCCCAAGAUGAUUGCUGACACUCUCGUGGAACGCAAGAUUAUCUCCUUUAAUGGCUGCAUGACCCAGCUCUUUUCUGCUCACUUCUUUGGUGGCACUGAGAUCUUCCUCCUCACAGCCAUGGCCUAUGACCGCUAUGUGGCCAUCUGUAGGCCCCUGCACUACACAACCAUCAUGGAUCGGCAAAAGUGUGACCUGCUGGCAGGGGCCUCCUGGGUCGCUGGCUUCUUGCAUUCCAUCCUGCAGACCCUCCUCACAGUCCAACUGCCAUUUUGUGGACCCAAUGAGAUAGACAACUUCUUCUGUGAUGUUCAUCCCCUGCUGAAGUUGGCCUGUGCAGACACCUACGUGGUAGGGCUCAUUGUGGUGGCCAACAGUGGUAUGAUCUCCUUAGUCUCCUUCCUUGUCCUUAUCCUCUCGUAUGUGGCCAUCUUACUAAACUUGAGAAGCCGGUCAUCUGAGGGUCGGAGGAAGGCUCUCUCCACAUGUGGCUCACACAUCAUCACUGUCCUUUUGGUCCUUGUGCCCCCCAUGUUCAUGUACAUUCGUCCCUCCACUACCCUGGCUGCUGACAAGCUUGUCAUCCUUUUUAACAUUGUGAUGCCACCUUUGCUCAACCCUCUGAUCUACACGCUAAGGAACAAUGAGGUAAAAAAUGCCAUGAGAAAACUGUUUAGGGUUGAGAGGGGCUUAGGAGACAAGUGA